AUGUUCGCGACUUUGCUCUCCGUCUCUCUCCUUGCGCUGUCACAGACCGCUGCGGCUUCGACAGCAUUUGAGGAGAAAUGUCUUGCGUUCAGACCUGAGAAGUACAUUGAUGGCGCAACGCGCAACGUUCUUCAAUACGUUACUGCGGGCACGACGUUGACGUUUCCUGACAACGACGUGACAUGCAAUCGUGCUAGUCAGGCCGUUUCGGCAGACUUGUGCCGUAUUGCUCUAUCGAUCAAGACAUCCAAAUCAUCAAACAUCACAUUCGAAGCGUGGUUUCCAGAAGAUUGGUCAGGUCGUUUUUUGGCAACUGGAAACGGCGGCAUUGAUGGAUGCAUCAAGUACGAAGACCUCGCAUACGGCUCUCUCAAUGGGUUUGCCACCGUUGGAGCAAACAAUGGCAAGAAUGGCACUACGGGAGUAGCGUUUCUCAAUAGUCCAGAGACCGUGGUUGACUUUGCCUGGCGCUCUCUACAUACGAGCGUCGAGACAGGCAAAAAACUGUCAAAGAAGCUAUACAAGGAGAGUCACACGAAGUCAUACUACUUAGGCUGCUCUCUGGGCGGCCGCCAAGGUAUCAAGAGCGCAGAAAAGUUUCCCAAAGAUUUCGAUGGCAUCGUCGCCGGUGCCCCAGGCGUCGACUUCAACAACCUGGUGUCCUGGCGCGCCCGUUUCUACACAAUCACCGGUCCAAGCACCGGCCCCAACUUCAUCCCCGCGACAGCAUGGAAGACGUGGAUUCACGAAGAGGUGCUGCGCCAGUGCGACACUAUCGACAAGGUCAAGGACGGUAUCAUCGAAGACCCCGCUUUGUGCAAGUUUGACCCAUCAACACUACUUUGCGGCCGCAACACCACUGCCAAUUGUCUAAACCAGAACCAGGUCCACCAGAUUAACACUAUUUUCAGCGAUUACAAGUAUCCGACCGGACAACUGAUCUUUCCUGCCAUGCAGCCGGGUAGCGAAAUCAAUGCUGUGGAUCGAUUGUACGCCGGUGCCCCGUUCCCCUACUCAGAAGAUUGGUUCAAGUAUGUCGUCUUCAAUAACCCCCUCUGGAACGCGUCUACGUUCGACUUCUUGGCCGUACGCGCAGCAGAGUUGCUCAAUCCUGGAGAUAUCCGCACCUACCCAUCCGAGUUGCCUGGGUUCGAGCGCCGAGGCGGAAAGCUGCUUAUGUACCACGGCCAGCAGGACAAUCAAAUCACAGCGUUCAAUACAAAUCGCUUCUAUGAACACCUGCGGGGCCGCAGAAGCUACGAGUCAAUGGAUGAGUGGACACGGUUCUUCAGAGUUUCGGGCAUGUUCCACUGCAACUCUGGACCCGGUGCCUGGGUCCUUGGUCAAGGCGGAAAUGCUGCGCAAAACGGUAUUGCGUUUGAUAGGCAACACAGCGUUCUCAAAGCCAUGGUGGACUGGGUAGAGAAGGAUGUCGCACCACAAUACAUCGAGGGUACUAAAUUCGUCAACGAUACCGUGUCGUUGGGUGUGGAUUUCACGCGUCGCCAUUGCAAGUUUCCAGCACGCAACACAUAUGUGGGUGGCGACUAUAAGAAACCCUCGAGUUGGGAGUGCAAAUGA